UGCUGCUGCUGCUGCAGAAGCUCCCCCGCCUCCUCUUUCUCCUCCGUCGCCGCCGCCGCCGCCGCGGAGGAAGGAUGGAUGCUCCGUCGGAGGCUGAGGGGAGGCGGGGCCCUCCUCGGAGCCCGGCGGCUCCGUCCCUCCAUGGCGAAGAGGAGGCGAAGGAGGAGGAGGAGGCUCCAUCCCGGAGGCUCCUCUUCGGGGCCUGAGGAGGACUCCUAAUGCCGCGCCGCCAUGGCCGAGACGGAGCGUGCCGACGGGGACGGGGCCUUGGGGGCCGGGCUGUGGAAGCUGCGGGGCCCCUCGGAGCCGGAGGAGAGGCUGGAAGGGGAGCCCAAGGCGGCCUCGGAGAAUCCUCCUCCUCCUCCUCCUCUUCCGCCGGUGGAGACGUUGAACCUGAGCGGCCGGGGCCUGGAGGAGCUCCCCGAGGGCCUGUGCGUGGCCCUGGGCCCCAGCCUCCGCGUGCUCUCGCUGAGGAGGAACCGCCUCUCCGGCCUGCCUUCGGCCUCCUCCCUCCGCCACCUGGCCCACCUGGCCGAGCUGGACUUGAGCCACAACCGGGUCCGCAGCCUCGAAGGCCGGGCCUUGGGGCUCCUGGGGGCCCUGCGCAAGCUCAACCUCAGCCACAACCAUUUGGGGGGACCCCCCGAGGGCACCGUGGGGACGCUCCCCGAGGGGCUGGGCGCCCUGUGGCACUUGGAGGAGCUGGACCUGAGCUUCAACCGUUUGAGCCGCCUGCCCCGGGAGGCCCUGGCCGGACUCCGUUGCCUGCGGGCCUUGGACGUGGACCACAACCGCCUGCCAGCCUUCCCCUCGGGGGUCUUGGAGCUGGGCGCCUUGGAGGAGCUGGACUGCUCCGGCAACCGGCUCCUGAGGGCCCUCCCCGAAGGCAUCGCUUCCCUCCGGCGGCUGAAGGUGUUGUGGCUCAGCGGCACCGGCUUGGCGGCUUUGCCUGAAGGGCUGUGCCAACUGGGCGCCCUGGAGAGCCUCAUGUUGGAUGGCAACGGCCUCAAAGCCCUGCCGGCGGGUUUCGGCAGCCUCCAGCGCCUCAAGACGCUCAACCUCUCCUCCAAUCUCUUGGCGGACUUCCCGGCGGCUAUCUUGGCCCUUUCCAGCUUGGAGGAACUCUACCUGAGCCGCAACCAGCUCACCGUGCUGCCCUCCGGUUUGUGCCGCCUGCACCAGCUGCGCACCCUCUGGCUGGAUAACAACCGCAUCCGGUACCUUCCAGACUCCAUCGUCCAACUUGGGCAGUUGGAGGAAUUGGUGCUUCAAGGCAACCAGGUGGCCAUUUUGCCCGAAGGGUUUGGGCAGCUCAGCCGGGUCAGCCUCUGGAAGAUCAAGGACAACCCUUUGAUCCAACCCCCCUAUGAAGUGUGCAUGAAGGGCAUCCCGUACAUCGCGGCCUAUCAGAAGGAGCUGGCCCACUCCCAGCCGGCCCUGAAGCCUCGUCUCAAGCUGGUCCUCAUGGGCCUGAAAAACGCUGGUAAAACCCUGCUGCGGAAGUGCCUCAUGGAGGACGAGGAGGAAGAGGAACAGAGCACCUCCUCCCUGAUGGCAGCCAGAAAGGAAUCUGGGAAAACUCGGACCAGGGGAUGCUUCAUCCCACCCCUGAGAGACCCUCCGCAGGCUCGGUCCUCAAAAGCAAUGCUAAACCACCACCCCAUUGUUGAGCAACCAGAGGCCUCCCCUCUGCUCUCUCCCUCCCUAAAAUGUCCCCAUUUAGGACUCCUCUUUGCUGAGCAGUGGGAUACACUCUCCAACCCAUUCCCAAAAGUUGUUGGGCAGACUAAGGGGGGAUGCUCUGCUGCUGAGCAGCAGGAUGAUGAUGCUCCGCUGUCCCCACCACCGAAACUAAAUGGGGAGAUACACUUAGGAUAUUACCCUCUGCCGCAGCCCCUGGUUUCCCACACAGCCGGACUGCCACGGGGCAGCAAGGGCAUAGAGGUGGCAGACUGGACGGCAGAUGCCAAGAGGGGCUUGACUUUCAUUGUGUAUGAGCUGGCAGGAGACCCCAGUUAUGAUGUGAUCCAGCCCUUCUUUCUCUCCCCGGGAGCCCUCUAUGUGUUGGUGGUGAACCUGAGCACCUAUGUGCCACAGUGUUUUUAUCCUUCGGUGGGCCACUUCCUUCACUGGCUGGGGGCCAAGGUCCCUCAUGCCGUUGUGUGCAUGGUGGGCACCCAUGCUGAUCUGUGCGCUGAGCGGGAGGUGGAAGAGAAGUGCUUGGACAUCCACCGCCAGAUCGCCUGGCAGGAGAAGUGUGACUAUGAGGGCCUUCAGACUUUGGCCCAGCAGGUGGACGAAGCCCUGGGGCAGGAUUUUGACUUGCGCUGCUCCAGCCCUCAUGUCGCCUUCUAUGGAGUGUCAGACAAGAACCUUCGGCGCAAGAAAGCUCAGUUUCAGUACCUGCUCAACCAUCGCCCGCAGAUCCUUUCCCCGGUGCUGCCUGUGAGCUGCUGGGACUGCUUCCAGGUACGCCGUUUGCGAGAGAAGCUCCUUUCAGUGGCGGAGCACCGAGACAUCUUUCCCAAUCUGCACCGGGUGCUGCCGAGAUCCUGGCAAAUGUUGGAGGAGCUGCACUUCCAGCCACGGGCUCAGCAGCUGUGGCUCACAUGGUGGGACUCGGCUCGACUGGGCCUGCAGGCGGGCCUGACCGAGGACCGUCUCCAGAGCGCCCUGUCCUACCUGCAUGAGAGUGGCAAGCUGCUGUACUUCGAGGAGCACCUGACCUUGCGAGAGUAUGUCUUCCACAACUUGCCCAGGCUCAUCGACAUCCUCAACGUCUUCUGUCAGCGUGAUGCCACAGUCUUGCUCCAGAAACUGCUCAGCAACACCCAUGUGGAUGAGCUGAAGGUUGCCCAGCUGCAUCAUUAUGUGGAAGGAUUCCUGCUCCAUGGACUCCUCCCUGCCCAUGUUAUUCGCCUGCUUCUUAAGCCGCAUAUCCAGAGCAGAGAGGACCUGCAGCUCAUCCUAGAGCUUUUAGAAAAAAUGGGACUCUGCUACUGUGUUAAUAAGCCCAAGUCCAAGCCCUUGAAUGGAGCCACAGCAUGGUACAAAUUCCCUUGCUAUGUGAAGAACGAGAUGCCCCAUGCAGAGGCCUGGAUCAAUGGGACUAACCUGGGCGGACAGUCUUUUGUGGCUGAACAGCUGCAGAUUGAGUACAGCUUUCCUUUCAUUUUCCCACCUGGAUUGUUUGCCCGCUACAGUGUCCAGAUUAACAGCCAUGUGGUUCAGCGAUCAGAUGGGAAGUACCAGAUCUACGCCUACCGGGGAAAGGUGCCUGUGGUGGUAAGUUACAGGCCAGCCAAAGGCACCCAGCAGCCAGAUACUCUGUCUAUUGCUAGUCAUGCAUCCCUACCAAAUAUAUGGACAGCUUGGCAAGCCAUAACCCCGUUAGUAGAAGAACUGAAUGUACUGCUUCAAGAAUGGCCAGGCCUGUACUAUACCGUGCACGUCCUCUGUUCCAAGUGCCUUAAAAGAGGGUCGCCCCACCCGCACACUUUUCCAGGUGCCAGUGUGUGGCAGGAUGGUCAUCUGCCCAGGUUUCCCAUUGAUGUGGGUGGCCUGCUCCCUUCCAACCAUUGUGGAAUGUCUCCAAUUGCUGUGCUGUAACUGUUUCCAGGAGGAGGACAUGGCAGUCGUGAGAGUUGAGUCAGAACACCAGAAGAAUAUUGCUGGCAAGCAGAACAUACUUCUGGCAUAAAAUCAAGUCAAACUCCUGACCUUAAUAAGAAGUGGGACUUCUCUUUCAACAGUCUCAAGUAAUGGAGAGUGUGUUUUGAAAAACUGGAUUGGGGAGGAGUUGAGCAGAUUUCAGAGCCAGGAAGAUUGUACAUUAGUUUUUAAAGAGUGAGAUAUUUUCCUAGACUGUGUUCUUUUGACCCAGGUUGAUACUGCUAGUAGUACAGUGGGACCUUGUUAUCCGCUGGGGUUUGGUUACAGGAUUCCCCAUGGAUAACAAAAUCCAUGGAUUCUCAAGUCCCAUUAAAUAUAAUGGUGUCCUUUAUAUAAAACGGGAAAUCAAGGUUUACUAUUUAGAAUAUAUACUUUUUUGAAUUAUUUUCAAGCUGUGGAUGCUUGAAUCUGUGCAUUAAAAAAAUCCAUGGAUAAUGAGGUCUGACUGUACAGCAUUUAGUAACAAGAUACCUGGAAGUAAACUACAUGCAAGUAUCUUCAGAGAACUCAAUGAUCCCGUUCAUAAUAAACAUUAAUGUUGCAUAGUGCCUCCUGUUUUGCAGAAUUAAGUUAAUACUCUGGAGACCAAAGGUUGGCUCAGCCAUGUAAACUCACUGGGUGACCUUGGACAAGUCACAGUCUCUCAACCUCAGAGGAUGGCAAUGCCAGUGGCAAACCUCUGAAGAAACAUGUAAAAAAACCCCACAUGAUAAGUUUGCCAUAGGAUCACCAUAAAUUGGAAACGACUUGGAGGCACACAAUAACAGCAACAAAUGGUGGGUUUUUUUGUUGUUGUAAACACACCAGGAUCAGGAUUUGCCAUUGUGCUUGGCUUUAUGGAAGCAUGUAUUGUCCCAUUUGAUAACUGAGAAUUCUCCUGACUACUGAUAGUUGCAAAAUAAACUGAAGCACAGAGUUCACAAUGUUUGGUAUGAUAUAGAGCAGGACUACCCAUGUUUGCAGAAAGUGGACUUUCCAGAGUCCUCGAAAGCAGUCUUGUGAUAUGGUGUGUUUUUACAUUUUAAAAUGGUUUGUUUACAUACCUGUAAGAAAAUUGCAGGUUGCUGUGUGUGUGUAUAAGACUAAUAUGUGUACAGGAGCAGUGGAUAUGCUGUCACACAGAAUGCACCUAGUAUCUGGUGGACUUUGUUCUUGUCUUGGGGCUUCUCUUAUUAUUUAUAUAGCAUCAUCUGUGUAGUGUGCUUUACAGAAUGGCAUGGGGAAAAGGAAGAAAGGAAAAAAGAAAAUAAAAAAUUCAGUUUCUUCCUCCCAUAGAAUUUACAGCCUAACUUUUCACCUGGAAGGAUAUGGCAAGGUUAAUAAGAAGUUUAUCUCAGAAAUUAGUAAGAACGAAACAAGGAACUUCCAGUGGACAAAAUCCUAGUCUUCUCUAUAGUUAACGAAAAUGGAUGGUCCCUCUCACUUGCCCUUUUGUAGGUGGGUAUGAAAUUUUGCAUGACAGCCAGCAAGAGUGUUGGACUCUAGAGACCAGGGUUUGAAUCUCCUUCAGCCAUGGAAACCCACUCGGUGACCUUGGGCAAGUCACACUCUCUCAGAAGAAAGCAAGGGCAAACCCCUCUGAACAAAUUCUGCCAAGAAAACCUUGUGAUCGGUUCACUUUAGGAUUGCCAUAAGUCAAAAAUGACUUGAAGGUGCACAGAAAUGAAUCUUGCGUUUGGUCAGUUUCAUGUAACAGAAGAUGAUUAAGUAGUUAGUAAAAUCUUAGUUUCAGGGUAUACAGGCAAGUGGAACAAUGUGGGCUUCAAGUUGAACUAAUUGAGGACAUGGUGAGACCUUUGAGCCCAGAGGUUACUGAUUAAAGGAUCUGCUAUUUACAGGCUAUCUUCAUCAUUGGAUUACCAAUGGAGGAAUUUCUUCCUGGAAAGAGAUUAGUGGAGCCCUAAAAAAAUUAAAGUGCCUGGACAUGUGGUUGAGGACAAAGUAGUUCAUCUAGAGAGAGAGAGAGAGAGAGAAGGGUCUCUUUACUUCCUCCAGCAUGCUUACUUUUUUUCCUUUUUAUGAAGAAGAGAAGAAAUACUGGUGGUGGAUCAGGGCAUUCUUAAGUGGAGUGCUGCAGUGCUGAUAAUGCUGAACCUAGUGCAGAAAUAUUCCAGUUUGACACCACUUUAACUGCCAUGGCUCAGUGCUAUGGAAUUCUGGAAAAAGAAGUUUGUUUUGGCACCAGAGCUCUCUGACAGAGAAGGCAAAAUGUCUUAUAAAACUACAAUUCCCAGCCAUGCAGUGUAAAUGGUGUCAGACUGGAUUAUUUCUGCAGUGUGGAUUCAGACCCAGUUUCUCCAGUUUUGUGUUUACCUUUUCAGACAAGUGCUGGGAUCCUGUGGUGGGAAAACUGCAGCAGAGAAAUGGUGGGUCUCUCCCCCAGCCUUAUGGCUGUUUCUCCUUUCUGUCUGGGCUUUUUAAGACCUUGUCCUAGGUUUUCAACACGUUUAGCUCUCUUUUACUUUAGUCUUAGCAAUGUUUAAUUAUUUUUAUGUUGGCUUGAGGGCUGAAUGGAUGAAAGGCAACCUGGAAAAAUUAAAAUAAAAUCAAGGCUGGUAACAGUGUUGAGGCACAAAGAGACUAGUUUGAAAACAUACACAUAUGAAUAUCUGAUUUAUCAGAGAACCAUGGUGUACAUUAGUUGCACUUUGUAUUGAUGCACGUACAAUUUUAGACUCUAAUGAAAACCAGCAGGAAAUUGAAGAAAAACAGCUUUCCAAAGGCCAGGAGUCCUGAUUUGAAAACUGUUGUUUCCUUGUUGUUACUUUGCUUGUUGUUACUGCUGUUGAGUGCCUUCAGGUCAUUUCCGACUUACAAUGACUCUAAGGCAGUGA